AUGGAGGCUCAUUUAGUGUCCCGUGGCAUUGCCACCAAUGGUAGGAUCACCAACGAAGACCGACGGUGGUGGCUUAUUCACCUUGAGUGUGCACCGGAUAUCACACCGGGAACAUUUGUGUCAUGGUUAGACUGUUGUGGCACACACACAACCAAAAAACUUAUUGAACGCAACAUCUGGACUAUUGAGCAAGUUUCCGAGCUUGAUUCCGACGAGGUCGACGAACUGAAGUACAAAGAAGGAUGCCUAAAGAUGGAUAUAACUUGGGAGCACGCACGUACCAUCAUUACCCCGUUGCGCCAUCGAAUGAAGGGCACUGGGGUUGAGUCUGAGUUCCAGAAUCGCAUCCUGGAGUUACGCAAGAAGCGGGAGUUGGAGCGAAAACGCGAGGAGAUUAUCCAGGAGAGAUCCGUCAUAAGUGACAGGCGAAAUGAAAUGCUGCAGAAGCUGCGUGAGACCAUUGCCUCUAAAAAGGCUGAGCUUCGGAAAAAGAUGGAGGAGCAGCAGGCAUCAGCACAGGCUGCCAUUUCUAGUGAUACUGGCUUAACCACCGACGAGGAAAAUAUCCAGGAGGACUCUGUUAGUGCGGCGACGGAUCGAAUGAGAACGGUCAUUGAGGGUGACCGUCUUGAUGACCAUUGA